AUGUUUACUUCAAUUAAUCGUACUGUAUUCGAGAUUCCAUUAACUUGGGAUCGAGCACAUUUUGAAGCAUCACGUAAUAAAUGUCGACAAGCUCGAAAAUUAGUCGAAAGUAGUAUCAAUGCACAAUUUAAUAAACAACUUAGAGAAGUUUUUCUUCAAAAACUUGAUAUUGAAAAAAAUAUUAAUGAAAGUCAAGAACAUUUAGGAAAUCAUGAAAAAAAAAUGCGUGUACUUGAUAAUUUAACUGAUGUAGCAUCAGAAUCAUUGACUGAUUAUUUCGAUAAGCGUAUGGAAAAUGUUCGUAUUGUUAUACAAGAGCAUUGUAAUGCUAUACAACAAAUUCUUAGUGAAGAAAAUGAGCAUUGGAAAGAAAUUCAUACCGCUAUAGAUCAAAAUCUAAUUACUUCGGAUGAUAUUCACCCACGUAAUAAUAUUGAUCAUGAAAUUCCAUUAGCAAAUAUUCAUACUAUUAAUGAAGUAGAUGAAGAAGAAGGAGAACAUACAUGUAAACUAUUAAAUAAUAAAACGGUUACACCAUUAUUAACACAAAUGAUUCGAAAAUCUCGAUUACAGUCAAAUCGUCGUUCAACAACCGGACCUAAUCUUUAUACAUCAACUGAAAAAUUAAUUCCAAGCAAAGAAGAACGAUUUAGCGUUAUCUUACCGUUAACUUCAGCUCGUCGAACACUUCGAGUUAUUGAUACAACAUUUGUUAUUAAAAUUGAAGAAUCAAAAACUAUUGAAUCAAAUGAAUCACUUCAUGAUGAAGUUGUAACACUUGAAUCGCAUCAUGAUGAUAUUCUACCAAAUGAAUCGCAUCAUGAUGAAGUUGUACCAAAUGAAUCAUAUCAUGAUGAAGUUAUGCCAAUUGAGUCGAUACCAACAAUAAAUGUUGAAAUAACACCAAGUUAUUCACAACCAAAACCACCAGCUCGAUUAUACUUUUCACCCACACUUCUUCAAGAUCAUGAAGAAUCAGAACCAAUUCAAACUGUUCUCUCAAAUAUAGAUCAGAAUCAAACAAAUAUCGAAAAACCAAAACUUGUAUCUCGUCGAUUUGGUCAAACAUUUUUACUCGAUAAUGUUAAAACUGAAGAUAUUAGUAAAGAUGAAGAUAGAGAAAAUUUACGACCGAGAAUAUCUGAUGAAAUACCAAUGAUUAUUCCUUCAAAUCCAUCAAUAAUAAUGCAAAAACAAUGUUUAGAUGAAUCUCAUCAUGUAGAAAAUUCUGAUCAAAAGAAACCAAUGGUUCAUUCAAAACGACCAACACGUACUAAACGAACAAAAGUUGAAACAGAACCAAUUCAUUUAACACGACGUAUAACAAAAAAACAAAAUCAAAUCGAUACAAAUCAAAGACAAACUCGAAAACGUAAAAAAUCAAUAGCUGAUGAUGGAAAUGAUAAUACCGUUGUUUUGCGUAAGAAAAAACCUGUUCCAUCUCCAGCAAAAACUAAUACAAAAAAAAAAAGAGUUAAAAAGACAAAAGAAGUUCCUAUUCGUGAACCAUCACCAUUACCUAUCAUCGAUCGAUCAAAACAUUAUUCUACUCGUUUUUCAACACGUAAAAUUUCAAAAAACGAAUUUCUUUAG